AGACAACACACCAACACAACUCAUUUCAGGUAAAAUGUUUCACCAUCAUCUUUUGACUGUUUUGAUCUUCACACCAGUGAUUGUUUUGGUGUGAAAACUUUGACUAGAAUGGAAAGCAGCAAGGUCAUCUCAACUGACAAAGCUACAGUUAUCAUCCAAAUCAAUCCACGGGUGGCACAAGAUGCUGUUAUUUCUGAGGAUGGACAGAAGACCGGAGGAGCAUAUCACAAUACAGCUCUUGCAGAAUUUGUCAGAGCACAACCAAAGGCACUUGGGACUGUCCAGAUAAUGACUGGAGUGAUGAUUUUUCUGUUUGGUAUCGUUCACACCCGCUAUAGAUAUGAUGACGUUAUUUCUGUUAUUACUGGCAUAACCUACUGGGGAUCCCUUAUUUACAUCAGUGCUGGCUCUCUGUCUGUUUCUGCGCAGAAUAAACUUCAUCCGUGUGUGGUGAAAGCCGCUCUUAUAAUGAAUGUGAUCAGUGCCAUAACUGCAGCGGCCGCCAUUGUUCUGAUGAGCAUAGAAAUGGGAUUCCUUACAGGAUACAAUAGAAGCGGUUUCAUAAAUUACAACAGUUAUGACACCACGUGUUCAUUGAUGGAUUUGCCUGCAAAGCCGCCAGCAACAACUCUACAGUGGUGAAUGUGGCACUGAA